AUGGAAAAAUUCCAAAUUCCUGGUAUCUCUCUUGGUAUUAUUCGAGAUGGACAAAUAGUUCAUGCACGAGGUUAUGGUUAUUCGAAUGUCGAACAUCAAGUGCCAGUCAAACUUGAAACAGUUUUUCAAUCGGGUUCUGUAGGCAAACAAUUUACUGCAAUGGCCAUUAUGAUUCUUGUUGAAAGAGGAAAAUUAGGUUUAGAUUUUAAAAUAAACAACUAUUUCAAGGAUACACCUAUCCAAUGGAAUAAUAUCACUGUUCGACAUCUGUUAACACAUACUUCGGGAAUGACCAACUAUCCAGAUAAUUUUAAUUUUCGUACCGAUUAUACAGAAGAUGAACUUUAUGAAAUAAUUCAAAAAAUUCCACUAACAUUUCAGCCAGGUGAACAAUGGGCUUAUAGCAAUAUUGGAUAUGUGAUGUUGGGAGUUUUAAUACGUCGUGUCACAAAUCAAUUUUAUGGUGAUUUUCUCAAAGAGAAUAUUUUUACUCCACUUGGAAUGACAACAGCACAAGUGAUCAGUGAAGCUGAUAUUAUUUUAAAUCGUGCUUCCGGCUAUGUUCUCGUCGAUGGUGAACUUAAAAAUCAACCAUGGGUAUCACCAACAUUGAACACAUUGGCUGAUGGAGCAUUAUAUUUGACUGUUUAUGAUAUGAUAAAAUGGGAUGCAGGACUAUAUAGCAAUGAACUGCUGAAAAAUGAGACGAGUUUUGAUGCUAUGUGGACUCCAGUGAAAUUGAACAAUGGGAUCACAUAUCCAUAUGGAUUUGGUUGGCGUCUAUGGGAAGGAAGAAAUGGAAUGCGUAUUAUGGAGCAUGGUGGCCGAUGGCAAGGUUUUCAAGCGAUAAUUAUUCGUGUUCCAGAAAAGAAACUCAUGAUCACACUUUUUAUUAAUCUGAGUUCUCCAAACGUGUAUGAAGUUGCUCUAGCCAUAUUGCAACUUUAUUAUCCAGAGUUAGGCGUCAUUCCAAAAUCGAAAGGAGAUGAAAAAUUAAAAAUUUGUCGAGAAAUUCAAGAUAAUCCUGAAGAGUCUGUACGUCCUCAUUUAGAUCGAAUGAUUCCAUUAACACUUCAAGUUUGGUCAGUUUCUAAUAAACCGCAAUUUUCACAAGAUACUCAAGUAGUUGCUUUAUUACUUUUUGUUCAUAGUUAUGAUAAACGACUUCUUGAACAAGUUCGUACCGAUAACAGAAAAACUUUUAUUGUAGAAGUAACUGCUGUAUUUUUCGUUUUAUGUGGAAAUGCUGUUAAUAUUGUUUCUAGUAAUCGAGAUUUAGCAAUCGAAGGUGAACAAAAAUGUCACUCGCUCUUUCAAUUAUUAAAAAUUGAAAGUGAUUGUACCUGUAGUGAAAAUGACAAGGUUAAUCAUCAAUUUUAUAGAUCAGAUUUAAGGAGGAUGUGGGUGUAG